GUCACACGUGUGCUUCAUGGCGGCCGAGUGACCGGUUCGUGACGUUGCCGACGUGUUAGAGUGCCGUUAUGCAAUAGGCGAGUGAUUCUGUGCGCCUGAUAUAAGUCGUUAAUAUCGCCACCCGCCGUAGUUGCACUCUCACUGCGCCGCCGAGACGUGGACGCCCACGCUUGUCUCGAAAUUCCGCUUGUUCCAGCACCUGUAUCUCCAGACAACUACCUUCGCACGGAAAACAAUGAGUGAAAAGGCGGACAUCGCGCUGAUCGGGCUGGCGGUGAUGGGCCAGAACCUGAUCCUCAACAUGAACGACCACGGCUUCACGGUGUGCGCCUACAACCGCACCACGGAGAAGGUGGACGCCUUCCUGGCCAACGAGGCCAAGGGCACCAAGGUCGUGGGCGCCAAGUCGCUGGAGGACAUGGUCUCCAAGCUGAAGAAGCCGCGCCGCGUCAUGAUGCUCGUCAAGGCUGGGCAGGCGGUGGACGACUUCAUCGAGAAGCUGGUGCCGCUGCUGGAGAAGGGCGACAUCAUCAUCGACGGCGGCAACUCGGAGUACCACGACACGGAGCGGCGCACCAAGGCGCUGCACGAGAAGGGCCUACUCUUCAUCGGGACCGGCGUGUCCGGCGGGGAGGACGGCGCGCGCUACGGGCCCUCCCUCAUGCCCGGCGGCGACAAGGGGGCCUGGCCGCACGUCAAGGACAUCUUCCAGGGGAUAGCGGCAAAGGCGAACGGGGAGCCGUGCUGCGACUGGGUGGGUGACGGCGGUGCGGGCCACUUUGUGAAGAUGGUGCACAACGGGAUCGAGUACGGUGACAUGCAGCUCAUCUGCGAGGCCUACGACCUGAUGCGGCUCGCGCUCAAGAUGGACCACCAGGAGAUGAGUGACGUGUUAGCUGAGUGGAACAAAGGGGAGCUGGACUCCUUCCUGAUUGAAAUAACGAGGGACAUCCUCAAGUUCAAGGACAAGGAUGGUUCGUACCUGGUGGAGAAGAUCCUGGACUCUGCCGGUCAGAAGGGUACGGGCAAGUGGACGGCGAUAGCCGCACUGGAGUACGGGAUGCCCGUCACGCUGAUCGGGGAGGCGGUGUUCGCGAGGUGCCUCUCGUCCCUGAAGGCGGAGCGUGUGGAGGCGUCGAAGCUCCUUAGCGGACCCAUCAAGAAGCCCAUCCUCAAGGACAAGGCACUCUUCCUGGAGGACAUCAGGCAGGCCCUGUACGCGUCUAAAAUAGUGUCGUACGCGCAAGGCUUCAUGCUGCUGCGAGAGGCAGCCAAAGUGCACAACUGGGACCUGAACUACGGAGCCAUCGCCCUGAUGUGGCGCGGCGGCUGCAUCAUCAGGAGCGUCUUCCUGGGUAACAUAAAGGCGGCGUUCGACAAGAACCCGUCGCUGCCGAACCUGCUGUUGGACGACUUCUUCAAGAGCGCAGUAGAGCGGUGCCAGAACUCGUGGCGCGAUGUGGUGUCGGCGGCGGUGCAGCUGGGCAUCCCGACUCCCACCUUCAGCACGGCACUCGCCUUCUACGAUGGCUACCGCAGCCCGCGCCUGCCGGCCAACCUCAUCCAGGCUCAGCGGGACUACUUCGGUGCGCACACAUACGAGCUGGUGAAUCAACCCGGAAAGUUCAUCCACACCAACUGGACGGGCCACGGCGGGAACGUCUCUGCCAGCACCUACCAGGCGUGAGGAGGGACCUUCACAGUUCCCGACAGCUGCAUUCACUGACAGGGCAGUGAUACGGAUGUCUGCUGAAAACUUUCCAAACCGAAAUGGGACUAAUCGAGUGAAGUGUGGUUGUGGAUGCUUGCGCUCUCUGGUGAUGUCGACUUCUGAAACUGGCGUGCUUCCGUUUGCCGGCUGUCGUAGGGUGAAGGUUUAAAUUAGCACGGUUUUAUUGUACUCUAAACAGUUUAUUUAAUUUUAAUGCAGUGGUGUCAGUGCUGGCUGAAAGAGGCUGUUUUGGUUUCUCCGUCUGUCAUUCUUUGUCUGUUCCUCUGAUAGAAAACAAAUCAUUGUACAGGUAUGAGAUGUCUCGUGGAAUGGCUGUGUUAGCAUUGUAACAUCUGAGAAUGAUCUUGAGGUGGGCUAUUAUUAUGGUGCUGUUUUUAAACUCAGUUGUGUAGCAAUUUUACUAAAGUCUACGCCAUUUUUAGCAAGCUUCUCUCAGAAUCCU